AUGCAGAGUGAUCGCAUUACAAUCCUCGUAGGACCUACCGAAAAGAGCUUUUCUAUUCCAGAAGCUCUGUUAAUGCAGUAUUCCCCGCCAUUAGGAAGGAUGUGUCAAUCUGAAUUCAAGGAAUCUCAGACGUGGAUCAUCAAACUGCUAGAGGUGAAAAUAUCGACUUUUGAAGACUUUUUCAUUUGGAUACAUGUCCUCGAGCCGAGCGUAAAUGUUGAAUCUCUCGAAUCUGUUCUUGAUCUAGCUAUAUUCGCCGAGCUAUAUAUAAUAUGUCAUUUAAAGAACCAAACUUCAGAUAUUCUCCGCGCUGGAUUUUUCAAUGGCAGGUGGGAGCUUAAGCCACGCGACGUCUCUACGGUUUAUAAUAAUGUACCAUCUCGCUCAAUUAUCCGCGAUCUAUGCUCUGUGAGCCUGAGUUUGAUCAGACGACACACUGACCCCUUAAAAUGGAAAAAAGUCUUUGAAAAGCAUGCUGAACUUGGCUGGGAUUAUUUCCGAGAAGUACAGACUGCCUAA